CCCCACCACCACCAACGCCUGGGAGCGGUGCGGACACCCAGCAGCGGGCCGCCUGCCCUCGAGGCUGAAGGCGGAGGGCGUUGCUGCAAGCGCUGGGGCGGCUCCCCGACAGGCAGCCUGCGGGCGGGCCCCACUUCCCUACAGGCGCAGGGCGGGAGGGUUCCCGCCGCGAAGGGAGAGCUGCAGAGUCACCCCGGCGAGCCUCCUGCUCGCAGCAGCACCAGGAGCCGCCAAGAUGGAGCAAACAUGUGAUGAUAUAGAUGAAAUGUUCAGCAAUUUACUUGGGGAGAUGGACAUGCUGACCCAGAGUUUGGGAGUGGAGACUGUACAAACUCCAUCCCCCAAAGUGACCAACAAGGAAUUCAGCUUUACAGUAGGUUUUAAGGAUUUAAAUGAAUCUCUAAAUGCCCUAGAGGACAAAGACCUUGAUGCUUUAAUGGCUGACCUUGUAGCAGACAUAAAUGAAGUUGAACAGAGAACUUUACAAGCCCAAAAAACUUCUUCUGGCAACCAGCAAAGUGUGGUCACUCAGCCUUCAACAGGCAUGGAUAAUGACUUUUCUAGUAUAUUGAGUCCCUGUGCUACCAUUACGGGACAGUUUAAGAACGACUUGCCCCCUCCACCUCCAGCCCCUGAUUUAGACCUUCCGCCGCCACCACCACCACCUCCUCCUGAGCCACUCAGCCAGGAAGAACAAGAGGCAAGAGCUAAAGCUGACAAAAUUAAACUUGCGUUGGAGAAGCUGAAGGAAGCUAAAAUUAAAAAGCUUGUUGUCAAGGUGCACAUGUACGAUAACAGCACAAAGUCAUUAAUGGUGGAUGAGCGUCAGGUGACACGGGAUGUUUUAGAUAAUCUCUUUGAGAAAACCCAUUGUGACUGCAGUGUGGACUGGUGUCUAUAUGAAGUCUAUCCAGAGCUGCAAAUUGAAAGGUUUUUUGAAGACCAUGAGAAUGUUGUUGAAGUGUUAUCAGACUGGACUCGAGACAGUGAGAAUAAGAUUCUGUUUUUGGAAAAAAGUGAAAAAUAUGCCUUGUUUAAAAAUCCGCAGAAUUUCUACCUGGCAAACAAAGGGAAGAAUGAAAGCAAAGAAAUGAAUGAUAAAAGCAAAGAAGCUUUACUGGAGGAAAGCUUCUGUGGGGCAUCUGUCAUCGUGCCAGAGCUUGAAGGGGCCCUUUAUUUAAAAGAAGAUGGAAAGAAGUCCUGGAAGAGGCGUUAUUUUCUUCUGCGAGCUUCUGGAAUUUAUUAUGUACCCAAAGGAAAAACCAAGACAUCCCGGGAUCUGACGUGCUUCAUUCAGUUUGAGAAUAUGAAUGUUUAUUACGGUUCUCAACACAAAGUGAGAUAUAAGGCACCUACAGAUCACUGCUUUGUCUUAAAGCAUCCCCAGAUUCAAAAGGAGUCACAAUAUAUCAAAUACUUAUGCUGUGAUGAUCGAGCCACCCUGCAUCAGUGGGUAACGGGAAUAAGAAUUGCCAAGUAUGGCAAGACAUUAUAUGAUAAUUACAAAUGUGCAGUGAAGAAAGCUGGCUUGUCUUCUCGCUGGGCAAAUCAAGGGACGGUGGAACCAGCUGCCCCCACAGGAUCCUCAUCAGCAGGAGCUGUUCAGGCAAAUGGACAGAUUCCCCAGGUCGUUCUUCCCUCCAGGGCAGAAGUUGCAGAGAUGCAGAAGAAAGCGGAUCCACCAGAGGCUCAGGCCGUGUCAAAUGACAUCAGUGCAGCCGGCCUGGCGCUGCCCGUGCUGAGGCAGAAACACCUGAAUAAGAGGAACUCGCUGCAGCCUCCUCCUCCACCUGAACGGCGGUCAUCUGCUAUUAGUGCCUCACCAGUCCUCCCCUCCAAAGUGAAACGAGACAGCGGAAUUUUCCUAACAGAUCCAGAAAGCUUUCCAGCACCACCACCUUCCCUGAUGCUUGAUUUGCCACCGCCACCAGCACCGGCUGACCUCUCUGAACCUCCUCCUGAUUUUGUGCCUCCGCCGCCACCACCAUCAUCAUCCAUCAGCAGCGGUAACGGAGACCUGCCGCCACCCCCUCCACCUCCGCUCGUCUCCAGUAAGCCACCAUCUCUGGCAAAGAAACCUGUGCCACUUCCUCCAAAAAGGCAAGGGAACGUGGUACAAGAUGGAGAGCCGAGAGCAGCCGGGCCACCUCCGUUCGGGGGUGGAGGCAGGCAAGCAGAUUUCAUGUCUGACCUAAUGAAAGCUCUUGAGAAAAAAAGGGGCAGCAGCUCCUGAACUGUGAGGACAGGACUUUAAGCCAGAGCUGCUGCUGCGUCACCGAAGGUCGUGCUGAAUCAGGUCCCCCCGGCUGGAAUUCUCUAAGAGCUCUUCCUGGGUGCCCCAGGAAGUGAGGAGGGUACCCUCUGUCCCCUACUUUGUCCCCGCAACCUGCUCCUUCCUCACCCCACUCCCCUAACGACCCCUCCAGCAGCAGGACGAGGCCAGAAAUUGGCUGCAGCCCCUUUCUGUACUCAUCAGGGUGGUGGAGCAGCGCCCAGUGCUGGCCAGCAAGUCGCGAACUUCGGUGGCUGCCUCUUCCGUAGAAUUAGAGCCAAAAGAAACCACACAACAGUAGUCUUGUGUCUGAGAAGCCUGAGCGGGAUAAUCCCUCUUAGCAGAUUUCCCCUCAAGGGUUCUCUGUCAGAAAACCCCACACUAUUUUAUUUUUUUCCAUCAAAAGACCCUCCCCCUCUUUUUUAUUCCCCAAAAAAGCAGUCUGUCUUAAAAAAAAAAAAAAAUUGAAAAAAAAACCUGUAGCUAAAUAAUUCU